AUCAUGUGACUGCUAAGCGAACUACCAGCCCUCUGGAGAGAGAGAGAGUGAUAGUGUGCGUGCGUGUGUGUGUGUGUGUUAGAGGAGAAUGUGGAGGCGUAGAGCAAUGCAAACACCGUGUCGUGGAGUUACAUUGCCAUUACGCACUAUUACGCACUGACAGCUACUUUCAAGAGAAGAGCGCACACUGCAGAGGAGCGGAUUUUUGGAUUCCUCACAUACCCAAGACGAAGACAGAAGUUUUUCAUCAACAUAAAGCCGAUCUCCAGCCGAACAGAUUGAUCUUCAGAACAGAGCAGCUGCCAUUCAUCCGCACAGGAAUGGUGGAUCACUUGCCGCUUGGUGAGGAGACCUUCCUGUGUUAUACCGGCUCCCUGGGGUCUGACUACAACUGCCUCUGUCACCACGCCAAUGGUGGCGCGUUGCCGGGCAUCAUGGUGACUGACGCGUGCAUCUACGACCACCGCCACCACCCUUACCAAGGGGUGACGCUCUCCUCCUCCCCUCACCUCUCUGAGGACGACCUCAGCGACUCCUCCAGCCCUCGUUCAUCCCUCUGCUCCAGCCCCGAGUCCUCGUCGCCGAUGCUGCGGCAUGUUCUUGGCUCCAGCAGCGAAAGCAGGAGCAGCAGGAGCAGCGGGAGCUGUAGCUCCUCGGGUGGAGAGAGUCAAGACAGCCUGCUGGACCUCCUCCUCUCGCAGGCAUCCCUCACCACCUCGUUAAGCUCUAGCGCCAGCAGCAGCUCUCACUCUUCUUCUCUAUCUUCCUCUCUAUCCCUAUCCUCCCCGACAUGUUCUUCAUCCUCAUCUGCCCCUCUUUUACCCAUGGGCCUGGCUUGGGAGUCCAAGAGGGAGCAACGGUUGACCCUCCUCCAGCAGCAGGCCAAAGAGGACUGUUACGAGUUCCCCGUUUUCCUGGACGAGCUGCAGGAUCCCGCAGUGCUCUUAUUUCAGCCCACCCUGGAGGAGAUUGAGGAGUUCCUGGAGGAGAACAUGGUGGUGGCAAUGGAGAAAGAAGAAGAAGGGAGCGAUGAGGCGAUGUCGCCAAUGUCAGAGGAUGCUGAGUCGAAAGGUUCAAGGACAAUAGCAGGAGAACUCGUAUCAGUGUCACAGAACUCAGAUCAGACUGUGCCCGUGGCUCAUUCUCCACUCUCCUCGUACACAGAGACCAAACAUACACCAUGUGCAUCUGACAUGGACAGCUCGCCAUCAGCAGUGGAUGUUAGUUGUAUAACUAGUUCUACUAGUAGUGUUGAUGGGAUCAAACAGGAGGAUGGUUCGCCACCAGCCUCAUCAGAAGGUACCAGUGCCUCCAGUGUUCCUGUCAUCCUACAAAUCCAGCCCAUACAGAUCAAACAAGAGCCCAACCCCAGUGCCAUAUCAGAUGCUGUCACUCAGCAAACCGAACCCCAGCAAACUCAAACCCAGCCAACCCAGGCCCCGUCGGAUAUCAAAAUCGCCCAACUCCUGGUUAACAUCCAGGGUCAGACCUUUGCUUUGGUGCCUCAGCUGCUUUCCCCGACAAACAUUGCUAGCUCAAGCAAAAACGGAAGCACCGUUUCGCCCAAAUUUGUCCGGAUCGCGCCGGUGCCCAUUGCUGCGAAACCCAUUGGGAUUGGGGAAGGCGGUUUAGGCGGAGGCUCGACUGCAGGGGUCCUCGUUGGUCAGAGGUACCAGAAGAGCGCGGUAGCAGACCUCAUUAAAAUGCACAAGUGCUCUUUUCCCGGCUGUAAUAAGAUGUACACCAAGAGCAGCCACCUUAAAGCCCACCUGAGGAGGCACACGGGGGAGAAGCCCUUCGCAUGCACGUGGCCCGGCUGUGGAUGGAGGUUCUCCCGGUCCGACGAGCUGUCCCGACACCGGCGCUCCCACUCGGGAGUGAAACCAUACCAGUGCAUCGUCUGCGAAAAGAAGUUUGCCCGCAGUGAUCACCUGUCAAAACACCUCAAAGUCCACCGCUUUCCACGAAGCAGCAGGACAGGACGCUCUGCAAACUGA